AUGUUACCAUCCCAAAGGAAGAUAUCUGCAUCACAGGCAACCGAAAUAGAUUUAGCUGAAAAAUCUGGAAUCCGUCUUAAUGCUGCAUUUGAGCUCAUGGGUAAUGAAGUUGGUGGAAGGGAGUCACUUGGGUUCACAAAACUGGACCAAAAAAAUUAUUUGAGAAUGAAGAGGCAAAACAGUUUAGCAUAUGGGGAGGCAAAUGAUCAUGGAUUAUGGCAAUUUGGUGAUGUUGUGACUUUCGACACUACUUACAAGUUAAAUAGUGCACAUAGACCAUUUGCGUCUUUUGUUGGAUUUAACCAUCAUAGGGAAACUGUGAUAUUUGGUGCAGCUUUGAUGUAUAUUCUGAAGAGAUGGACUAAAAAAAGAAGAUCUGAAAAUGUGAAAGAUAGGUGUGGACAUGAUAUUCAAGUUGAUGUAAGAUUGCAUCAAACUUCACGUUAUAGGUCAUUGAUGGCAAUAUUCAGAUCAGUAGCGUGUAGAGCUUCUGAAAGUGAGGAAACAUAUAAUUUGACGGUCGAGAAAGCGGAUGAAUUAAUUGCAGACAUUGAAACCAUGUUAAGCGCAAAAUUCAAUAUGCCUUGUUCAGAUACUAUUCAAGAAGAAAGCCCCCCCGAAAGCUUUGAAGUGGAUGGUGUAGCGGAUAAAAAUGUAGUUCAAGCAAAAGGACUCAAGAGAAGAGAGCGCACUAGCAAGGGACGAAGGCGGAUAAAAGGUGGUUUGGAGCUUGCGUUGGCAAAGAAAAAUAAAACAAGUUCAUAUAAUGCUUCUCAAACUUCCAUGUCUGUUACUCCUCAAACUCCUCCCUUAUUUUCGGCAAGUGCUCCUGAAGCCCCUCCCUUAUUUCAUCAGUCGGCUCCUUUAUUUUCAAGUGCUCCUCAACUUCCUCCAUUCUCGCCGAGUGUUCCUGAAGUUAGAGCUUCUUCGUCUCAAUUUAUGUAUCCCGCCUAUGAUCCAAGUUUUCCUCAUCACAAUAUGCAUUUUUCCAUGCCAUCAAUGUAUUCCGUCCAUGGAACCUAUCAAGCAUUACUUAACAAUGCAAGUAGUUAUCACUCGCAAGCCUCAAAUAGUCCCGCAUGUAGUGAAGUACUAUAUGCUCGUGGUCGUGGGCGUGGGCGUGGGCAUAUGGAUCACACGUCAACAUCUUAG